AUGGAGAAAUUGGUUUAUAAUUGCGUAUCCUGCCAAAGCAUCCGAUCCGAUCCAGUCGCGGUUCCUGUACAUUGUUGGGCACGACCGGGUAAAGUCUUCGAGCGCCUGCAUGUGGAUUACGCAGGUCCAAUGUAUGGCAAGUAUUUAUUCGUCUUGGUAGAUGCCUAUAGCAAGUGGCCUAUUGUAAAAAUUGUAAACAAUAUGACGACCGAUACAACUAUCUCCGAAUGCCGAGACAUUUUUGCAACUUUUGGUAUACCGAAUAUAUUAGUAAGUGAUAAUGGCACCCAGUUUAACUCUAAAGAGUUUCAAGCGUUCUUGAGAACGAAUGGCAUAGUGCACAAGCAAGGUGCUCCCUAUCAUCCGGCAACGAAUGGGCAGGCCGAAAGGUUAAUACAGACAGAUAAACAGAAGCUGACAGCAGCUAUGACUAAACCAGUCUCAAUGCAUAAAGAGUUGCAAAACAUUUUGCUCAGCUACCGAAGAGCAAUCCACCCGACUACAGAAAAAAGUCCAGCCAUGGUUAUGUUUGGUCGACAAAUUCAAACUCGCUUAGAUUUUCUACUACCGCAAACUACGCUCGGUAAUACGGACAAAAAGAUUACCAAAAAGGUUUUCGCAGAAGGCGAGAGGGUCUCAGUGCGAGAUUACUUGUCGAGUGAACGCUGGCAACUUGGCAAAAUCAUUUCCAGACGCGGUGAUAUNGCAAUUUGGCAAUAUCAUUUCCAGACGCGGUGA